AUGACGACCACAAAUAUACCUUCGUUUCUUUCUGACGCUCAUAAUUUAGAUCAUACAACAUUAUCUUCCAAGUUUCAUACUAUAGAAAUUGAGGAAGUUGAACGGUGUCGUCGCGCCAACGAUGCUAAAAAUGAGUUCAGUGUUUCCGUAGCACUCAGAGAUGAUUCUAUGAAAUUUAACAGAUAUUCUGAUAUUUUACCUUUUAAUUACAAUCGCGUAAAACUCAUAAAAAGACGCCCAAAUAAGACUGAUUACAUUAAUGCAAGUUAUAUUGAGGGCCCUGACAAAAUCACGCAAUAUAUUGCCACCCAAGGACCAACGGAGAAAACUAUUGAUGAUUUUUGGUUAAUGGUUUGGGAACAAAAUUCUUAUGUGAUUGUUAUGCUGACAAAAGAACAAGAGAAAGGAUACACGAAGUGUGUUAAAUAUUGGCCCGAAGAAGUAAAACAAUCUAUGCUUUUCGGUGAUACUUGCUUAAGGAUUGAACUGGAAUCGGAAGAACUGGUCCCCAAUGCUACUUGCGUCGUGCGAACAAUUAAAAUCGAAAAACUAGAGAAUUCACAAGUUAUUGAACUGAGGAAAAUCACGCAGCUGCAUUUUGUUGGAUGGCCAGACCACGGUGUACCGGAUUCGCCAGAUACCAUUCUUAAUUUAGUCAAUAAGACAAAUGAGAUUCAACGGCAAUAUAUCGUAGACAUUGUUAAUUCGCAAGUACCUCCUGGAAAAGUGGGUCCAAUCAUAGUUCACUGUAGCGCGGGAUGCGGUCGUACGGGUACUUUUUGUACUGUUGACACGGCAUUAGCUAUGUUACCAAAUUUCAAAGAUGACAAUACGGAUUUGAUCAGUUCUUUAGUUGGGCAUUUCCGCACUCAACGUAGAACUAUGGUUCAAACUCUCACACAAUUUCAAUAUUGUUAUCUGGCAGUGCUUAGCAAACUUGUCACAAACCGGUAA